UUGUGAAUGAAAAUGAUAGAAAUAUAGAAGAUGAAGUUAGAGCGUGUUGUGGCAUAUUCUGGAAACGUAUUUUUUUAGAGUUCUGUGGUAUAUAUAGCAAUGAUAUGUACGAGCACGUUUAUUCUAUGUACUAUCAUGCCUAUAAGUGAGUUGUCAAAAAUAACUGGUGACCGCCACGAACGACUGAAAACGAAACUUUUGAAUACGUCAGACUUAGGCUGGGCCGUCAUAAUCUUCCCGUGGGUAAAAUACCGAGAGAAAAACACCGUGAUUUCAUCGAGAAUUCGCCGGAAAAUAUAUUUAAGUCUGCCUCCGCAGACUUCAGCCGCUUUUCCCUCAAUUCAAGCGAAUGAAAAGCCAUCUUUUAUCAUCUUUGGAAAUGGAUAGAGAGGAAAGAGACCUUAUCAGCGAAAAUAUCACCCAACUUGUAGAGGAUGUUAUUCCAGUAGAUAUGUUGCCUUACCUACCUUGCCUGACAAAGAGUGAUAAGGAGAAGAUAAAGUGUGAAGAGACAAAUCAUGGUUCCAUGAGAGCUGCACAAGAACUGAUAGAUAGACUGGUUCGAAGACGAAAUUCCUUUCGCCAGUUUAUCGAGGCUCUUUGUGAGACUGGAUGCCGACAUUUAGCGGAACAGCUAUGUCCAUUACAAUUUCACGAAGGAAAUGAACAAGAGAACGUCAUAAGGGAUGAACGAGAUGACAGAACGCAAGGAAGGAUCGUAGCAGAUUUCAGCACUCAAAUUGCACUUGAUGACGUCAAUCAAGCUUGACUGUGCAAAAAGGAAAAAACAAUUCAACCUAGCCGCAGUAGUGCUCUUCGGUGGGCUAGUGCUUUGCAAACAAAGUUCUGGGAAAAUGUUUGGUCAUGAAACUCUGUGUGGAACGCAGUGUUGAUGCGCUCUAUACCCAUGUGCUUGCUUUUACGUGUUUAGUUGCAAUUGUCAAUUGGAAUAAAGAUAUUUCGGAUCAGCCAUAUGAGGAAACCGAUCCAUUCCAAGCACACCAUUAGGACUGCACAACUAGUUCCAGUAACGUAAGAGUACGUGCCUUUGAACUUGUUACAUGUCAACGACAAGAAGAAGAUCUUGAUAUCAUUGCUGUUAGUAACUUUUGAUGCUUUUGUUGUUGUUUUCGAAUCAUCAAAGUCAAUUGCCUGAUUAGUUAUGUGACAUCGAUUAAAAAAUUCGUUUCUGAGUGACUCUGCUGCAACAGCAGCAAUGGAAACUCUCAUAAGAAAACUUUUGGUAUUAACACAGUUUGGCAAAUGUCUAAGUUAAUUCUGAUGGCAUUUGCUAAACUCUUAUUGACUAUUCCUAGGUAAAGUAUUUUGAAAUUCCACAGAAAGUUUCCGUACAGAUUAUGUAUGGUUUUUGAA